AUCCUCAUUCUCACGUCAAACGUCAUAAACGAUACGAUUGUCUGUCACACUCACAACCACAACACUAAAAUACUAUAUCUGCUUCGUGUUGUCCGAAGAGAACCACAAAUUUUAUGCGAAAUUGAUAUUUGUUGAACAUUGAUCAAAAUAUGGCAGCAAUACCGCUAAUGUACGCGCAAGAAGAUUGUGAACUUGGUGGAAAAGAAUCCAUGGAGGACGAUUUUGCAUAUCGCAACAAUGUAAUGAAUGCAGAUAAGGAAAUCAGAUUGGGAUUUAUCCGUAAGGUUUAUGGCCUUCUUGCAGUCCAACUACUUGCUACAUUAGCUAUUUCAACUGUGUUCUUGCAAGUGUCUCCAGUGAAGAGUUUUAUUCAUGAAAAUGAUUGGAUGGUAUUUAUUGCAUUCAUACUAAGCAUUGGCACUCUCUUGGCUUUGAUAGUGAAGAGACGUGACAGCCCUGCUAAUCUGUACCUCCUUGCUGCAUUUACUGUGGUGCAGUCCUAUACAGUGGGUGUUAUUGUAUCAUUCUAUGAUACCUUUGUAGUGCUGCAAGCAUUGGCUCUCACUUUCACCGUGGUUUUCUCGCUGACGCUCUACACCCUCAACACAAAACGUGAUUUCUCAUUUAUGGGUUAUGGCCUCGUAGCUGGACUCAGCGUUCUCAUUAUUGGUGGCUUGCUCCAAAUCUUUAUCCAAAGUUCCGGGUUAGAGCUACUCUUGGCGUUCGGUGGUGCUAUCCUGUUCAGCCUGUUUUUGAUCUUCGACACGCAGCAGAUGAUGACCAACUUGUCGCCUGAGGAAUACAUUUUGGCGACCAUUAAUUUAUACAUGGAUAUUAUCAAUUUAUUCUUACACAUUCUCCGCAUUCUUAAUGAAUUGAACCGUAACUAAGCGAUAUAAUGAUAGUUUUUCAGCAGCUGUAUUAAAGAAUUUGCCUUUUAACUCUAUGUAUUAGUAUCUAACAGUAACAUUUUUGGCACUUGGUAAUCUUUGAACCAUGGAUGUAAUUUCGUGGGUAAGUCGUGGACUUAUCAAUGGAUUUAAGAUGUGUCUUCUUAUAAAUAAUUCAUAUUCCUCUACAGAAAAUUUACUAUCACGCCACUGCUCGGCAAUUUACCUAUAAAAUUCAAUAGAUGGCCUUAAAAAUAAAGCAUGAAUGUGGCGACUAAUUUUGUACCCGGUGUAAACAAUCCCAUCAAGAAAGCAUAAUUUCAGAAACACCUUAAUCUAACUGGCUAUAGGCAAAGAGAACUGAUUGUAAUAGAGAGCUAAAGUCUAAGAUAAAAACGUGCCCCCUUUGUUUGACAUCCAAAACAGAUAUCGCUGUACUGUGCCAUAUGUUUUGCAGUCACUGAAUUGUCAAACGUCAACUUUUGACAAUAAGAGUUACCGCAAAAUAUAUGGAGUCAUCUCUUUUACCUGUCAAAUACGAAGUACGAAAUUGUCUUAGAUUUUACACAUUAUACUCGAUUAAUAUAUCAUUGCCCCUGACUGGAGUAACGUGUUAUUCUCCUGUGAUUUAAAUCCAAAACGAAGCAUUGCAUAAUUCUGCAACUGUUAUUCAGAAUAAAUCCAUAGAAAUACUUACUGCCUAAUCGGCUAAAAAAUAAUUUACAGUCUCUUUUAUUUGGAACUCUAUUAUAUGUAUAUAAAAACAAUGUAAGACGAAAUUCUGUGAAUUGUUUGACUGCUUAGUCUAGUGCCUAUCGAAAUGAUGAAAUGGACUGCAAAAUGAGAUAUUCAAGUACGUCCGGCCGCUGCCUUACACCAUGGCGGGUGCUACCUCUGCGUGUAUCCCAUGUUAUGGUCAAGGGCAGAAUCCCGGUGUACCCGCAUGUGGCUAAGGCAGCGCGCACGCCUCACAUCUGUGGAAAACGGCGUAAUGCUAUUCUUGAAAUACGAGCGAUAGAAAUUGAUAUUGACCACUCGUUUCCAAUUCUAUUAGUAGAAUUUAAAUACCUAGUAGUGCAGAUAGUAUUAAAGGGAGAACACGAAAUCGAGCGAUCGAAAUUUUAAAAUCGGCCCCUAGACGUUGGGUCUCAUUGUGGUGAAUUAUAGACAAUUUUAAUUUUACUGGGGUUAAUAGUGGGAUAGAUGUGGGUAGAACGUAAUGCUAAGUUGUCCCGUUCUAGUACUUGAAUAAUAACCCAAAAAAGACAUAAAAAAAACGUACCUAAUUUAAAAUGGCUGUGAAUGUUCAGUACGUUACAUUCCUCUGUUUACCUACUUGACAUAAAUAAACAUGAUUACAUACGUUCAUAAAUUUGAGUUAGUAAGAUAUUAAUUUUGGUAUUUAAGAACUUAGAUAAGAUAUGGUUACAUCAAAUAAUGGUUGUUAAUUUAUAUGUUUAUGUAUAGUAUUCCGCUAUUUAUAUAGGUAUUUUUUGUUAGAUUUGCCAAGUGUAUUAUCAGAUUAUCGUCUAUCACAUUUUUAUCACAACAGCUUUAGACGCAGAUUUGAUGUGGUUAUGGUUAUCAAUUCCUAUGAAAAGCACAAACACUUGCAUUAUUCGUGUCCACUCUUUCUUUAGCCUAAAAGUAUGACUUAUUUGUGUAACGUUUUCUGAAAUAAACUGUAGGCAUUUAAAUAAA